AAUUCCAAUCAUUCCCGAUAAUUUUUCCCGAUCAUAUACAUUUUGGCAAUGCAUUAAGAAAAAAAUGAAUAAAACUCUGACAAAUAUAUACAUUCAACGUACAGUACUGUAUUUGUUAUGAAAAUAAAUCCUCAAGAUGGCGUUUACAUUAUUAACAUUCUUUCUGUGAGAGGCAUCCACGGAUAGAAAGACUUGUGACUUUGUAUAUUGUGACUAAAUAUUGCCAUCUAGUGUAUUUGUUGAGCUUUCAGUAAAUGAUACUGUAGCCAUGCCCCAAUGUAGAUUGUGACUAAAUAUUGCCAUCUAGUGUAUUUGUUGAACUUUCAGUAAAUGAUACUGUAGCCAUGCCCCAAUGCAUGAUGGGAAGUGGAACCAUGACUGUGCGUAGUGCUACCAAUUGAUAUAUCUUCUCUGCAUUGGGAAAUAAAAUAAGGUGUUGAGAAAAAGAUCAAUUGCUACUUUGCUUCCCCACAUUGCUUCCCACGAUAUUUCUAAUCGUAGGGUUCGGGAUUGUAAGCCUUUAGCCAAUUAAAAAAGGCUCCAAAGGCUGUCAAAAUUCACUCUACUCAUUUUACGCUGCCUUUUAUCUCUCUAUAUAGGUAAAAUGGUGCCAUUACAGAUUGAGCGCGACAAUGCGUGAGUGGGUCGUGCAGCGCAUGCAUUAAUUGCGUUAAAUAUUUUAACGUGAUACUUUUUUUUUUUUUUUUAUUAAUUACCUCUGUUAUAGGGAUAAAUUUGAUAACCCUACCUUAAGCCUAAACUAAAGACUCUGGAUGAGUGUAACAUAUUAUGUCUGUAACGUUAAAUACAAUUACAAAAACAAUUUAAUUAAGAUAUAUAUAUUAAAAAAAGGCAUGGCCGAUAUUUUUUGCCGAUUCCACUACUUUGAAAAUGACGUGAUCGGACCCGAUUGAUCGGGACAUCUCUGUUCAAAACGGUUGGUCGAGCAUGUUUGGUUGUCAAUGGGACAUCAACAUUACAAAUUUUGAAAAAAGAUUUUGGGAUUUGUUUGUCUUUUUGGGUUCAAAAUGUGGAUUAUAAUUGGUCAGUGAAGAAAACAACAGUUUGGACAUGAAGUGCAAGGUGUCCUGAAAAAAGGGACCCAAUUUGGCCAUUGUGAACAUUCUGUUCUUUGAAAUAUAAAGACAACAUCAAAUGCAUGCAAAUUCGGCCAAAAUAGGCUUAGGUGUUAAACGGUUAACGAUGUUUCCAACAAUUUGCUACCUUGCAUAGCAAAGAUCCACUAGUUUAAAUGCUACACUAUGCUAAUGUUUACCAGAUAGUUUCUGGCGCGCACUAGAUUGUUUCAAUAGCUUUGCUUUAUGUUACAAGUGGCAAUCCUAUUUGUUAUUUUUCUGUUUAUUUUUUGAUCCCAAUAAAAGCCAUCUUUUGAGCAAAUGUGCCUAAACCAAACUGCAUGUUUUUACGGCGUUAAUCCCUGGUAAUGAAAUGUGAUCCGUGGGCACAAUGAGCGCAGAUAUCAUCUGGCGAGCUAUUAAAUCCGUCGUGAAAGGGAUGAGAUGGUGCUUAUUGUUAUCAGCUCUCAAAAGGCCGCAUGAGAGGAGCUUAGACACAUUGUGGAAAUGCAUUGGUUCUAUCGCCGGCCUGCUGUGAAAUCAACCCAAAAACUCAUCAUUAACUCAUCACCAGAUGGUUCGUCGUCCAUCCGUCCAGUAUCAUAUUCAUUAUUUAUUGUUUCAAUAAUCAUCUGAGAUGCCGAAAGAAAACCGUUGCUGUUUUUUUCCCUUUAAAUCCGUCUUUCUAAUACUGAGAUUUGCUCUCUAAACCCGCCAACAAUGAGGAUCUUUGGCGCUUUUCCACAUCUCAUUUUAUGCAGCCAAAAUCUGAUGAAAAAGGAAUGAAGGAAAACAUCUCUCGGGCAGAGAGCAGUGUUGCCGAGGCUGCCGACAUGGAGAGGCAAAAGUUCCCGUUCACCAUUGAAGACAUUCUGAGGAACUAUCCCUCAACGGCGCGGGACGAUGCGCCCGUUUGGCGUUUGUGUUGUUGCUGCUGCUGCUGUUGCUGUUGCGGCGGAAGAACUGACCAUCCGCGUCAAGGUUGGGCUGGGAUGUCGGAACCCGGUGUUCGAGAAGAAGACGAUGAAGCUGAAGCGUAUGUGGAGGUGGUGGCCCAAAAGCCCAGGAGGACCCGGCGGCACCGGACCAUCUUCACCGAGGAGCAGUUGGAUGCCCUGGAAGAACUCUUCCUACGGAACCACUACCCGGACGUAAAUGCCCGGGAAAAGUUAGCGCAGACCACUCGUCUCAGAGAAGAGAGAGUUGAGGUUUGGUUUAAAAACCGUAGAGCGAAGUGGAGGCGCCAGAGACGACUCUCAUUUAACACGGAAAACUAACUUUUUAUGGACCGCCAUCGAUGGGAGCGUAUUGCUGGCACACAUGAAAAAAUUCCAAGUUCAGCAUCAAAUUUCACAUUGAAGCAAAUUUUACCAUUCAAACAGUGAGAAUGUUGAAUGCUUUGAAUGUCUGAUUAACUGGAAAUGAUUCACAACAAGAAAAGUGUCUCGAUGAACAAAUUGUUGUUGUUUAAACACACUUAGUCAUGUGAAAAAAUUAAGACACCCCAUGAAAUAUUUAGUUCUUUAUUAAGAAAUGUUCUCAUAUCAA